AGUAAAUAUGCGAAAGCAUACAUCUCCAUAUAGAAAUUAAAAAGCUGGAUCUUCUUUAGGAAAAGUAGUUUAAAAAGUAGAAUACAAGACAAGAAAUAAUUCGAAUGAGAAAAAAGUGAUAAAUAUAUCACCAAUUAGAUUUGUAUUAAAUUCUAGACAUAAUUCAUUUGAAUAAAAUACAACAAAGUAGACAUAAACAAAAUAAUGCAUAUAAAAUAAUUUAAGCAGAAAACAUUUUUAACUAUAAUAUAUAAUUGGUAUUGGUGGUUUUGGAAGAGUUUGGAAGGUGAUAUAUAAAUAACAAUAUUAUGCAAUGAAAGAAAUGAGUAAAGCUUUAGUUAUUUAUAAACGAAGUGUGGCUUCUAUUAUUAAUGAAUUAAGGUUAUUAUAAAUUGUUAAUCAUUCAUUUAUAGUAAAUGUUGUUGCUGCUUUUUAAGAUAAACAGAAUAUAUAUUUGAUAUUAGAUUAUUUGUAAGGAGGAGAUUUAAGAUAUCAUUUAGGGCGUAACAGAAAAUUUAAUGAAGAAUAAACAAGUAUAAUAUGAACAAUAUCAGAGUUCUUAAUUUGUUGUGUUAUUGUUGGUUUAGAAUAUUUACACUCAAAUUGUAUUAUUCAUAGAGAUCUUAAGCCAGAAAAUUUAGUAUUAGAUUCCAAAGGAUAUUUAAGAAUAACUGAUUUAGGAGUAGCAAGAAAAAAAGAAACUUUAAAAAUAGAUACAAGUGGAACACCAGGAUAUAUGGCACCAGAAGUUAUGUGUGGAUAAGAACAUGGCAUAGAAGCAGAUUAUUAUUCAUUAGGAGUUAUAGCAUAUGAAUUAAUGCUUGGAAGAAGACCUUAUUAUGGUAAUAAUAGAAAGGAAAUUAGAGAUGCUAUUCUCGCUAAGUAAGUUUAAAUUAAGAAGAAAUAUUUAGAUUGGUCAUUAAAUGCUAUUGAUUUUAUAAAUUAAUUGAUUUAGAGAAAACCAGCUUAAAGAUUAACUGAUGUCAAAAAUCAUCCAUGGCUUAAAGAUUAUCCUUGGGAUAAAUUAAUUAAUAAAACUUUAUAACCACCAUAUGUACCUCUUAAUAAUGAUAAUUUCGAUAUUUCUCAAAUUCAAUUUGAAGAUCAAGAAAAUCAACUUAUAAUCAAUUAAACAGGCUUUUUAAUAUCUUAAAAUAUUAAUGCUUUUGAUGAAUACUAUUAUGAAUAAAACUUAAGAAGAAGAUCUUCAUUAAAUCGAUCCUUUCUUAUAAAAUGA